AGAGAACCCGACGAGACGACCCCGAAGAACUCGCCGCAAAACCCCCUCCCCUGUUCCUUGCUAAUCCCCAUUUGCAACCCACAAACCCCCGUCGCCUCGUGCGCUAAUCCAACCACUCCGCCUCCUCCGAGGGCGAGAAGCUUCCAGGAGCCAGGGUUUCCCGUACCAACCGAUGGCCGUCGCCGACGCGGUGCUGCCCUCGCCGCCGCCCCUGCCCCCGCCCCCGCCGGCGCGGAUCGUCGUCGUGGUGCUGGUGCUGGUGCGCUUCGCCCUCGCCCCGAUGCUCGCGCUCGGGCGCGUCCUCCGCGUCGCGGCGCGAGCCCUCCCCUACCUGUGCUUCGCCUUCGGGUGGGUCAUCUCCGCGGCCUCGGCUGCACAGGUCGUCGCGCGCCGCGCUUGGGGCGAGGGCUCCGCCCCCUUCCUCUUCAUCCAGGCGCUCGUGUACGGGGCCCUCAAGGUCUGGGUCUACAGCUUCCUGGUGUUGUUCGCGCUUGCCGUCCUGCUGCUGUGCAGCCUGUGCGUGGCCUACGUGAUUGCAGCUGUAUCCGGAUCCACUUCGGGAUUCAAGAAGAGCGUCUUCGGAGCCAUCACACGGGAGCCGGUUAGGCUUCCACGCGCCGCGGUGCUUGGAUUGGUCGCGGAUGUGGCCUUCUUCCUUCUAAUGGUGGCUGGUCUUCUGGUAGCGAUGAUGUCGCCGCAUGUGGAGGGUUCGAUAUCUCAGGGUGCAAUGGUCGCUUCUCUGGUCACGGAUGUGGCGAUAUUUGGUAUACACGCGACAGCUUGCUUUGUUAUCAUCCCAGCUCUCGUUCUUAAUCUCUGGAGGGAGGACCAGGCGGACAGGAAAGCACCAUCGCAGUUCUGUCAAGACGAAGCUAAGAAGAGAAGGUGUCCGGAGAAUUUUGCAAGGAGCUAAAGUACCCAUUCUGCUGAUGGUUGUGAGUGAUCCCAACAGAUGCAAAUUUUCAGAGGAGAACUAAAGUUUCUGCAGACUUGCUUCUCUGUACCAUUAGUAGACCCUAAUCGCCAUUAGACAUCAAAACUUUUGUAGACGUGCUUCUUUCUGCUAUUAGUAGAACCUAAUUGUCAAUGGCCAUGAAGUUUCUUGGGUCAUUAAUUAUGAGUCUGGUGGUGAUAUUUGGUACUCCUGCUACUCGCUUA